CAUAUAUCGAGGCCUUCGGCAGUUAUGAGUGCUACUAGACCAGCCCAGUACGGCUUUUUCAGCGUAAGAUUAAUUUCAUACCUACAUGAAAGCACGAUUCCAUUGAAAAUUAGUUGAACGUCUUACUCUUCAGUUGCAUGCUUGUUUUUACAUCGUCAUUAUGGCCGACUUUUCUACCCUCAAUGGCAAUGCCAGUCAAGAGUCAGAGAAUAAAAGAACCCCCAGGAAGCUAGUUUUGUGCUUCGACGGCACCGGUAACACCUUCACCGGUUCCAACUCCGACACAAACGUGGUCAAGAUUCUCAGCAAGCUCGAUCGCAACGAUCCCGAUCAGUACCAUUACUAUCAGACUGGUAUCGGCACAUACGACAUCAAUGAUGAGUCUGUUAACAAGGGUGUAUUUGGUGAAUUCAAAUCUUCCAUCUCGCAGACUAUCGACCAAGGAAUUGGAACAACUUUCGAUGCACAUGUCAUGGCGGGCUACCGUUUCCUGAUGCGUUACUACGAUUCUGGUGACAAAAUCUACAUGUUUGGAUUCAGCCGUGGCGCCUUCACUGCCAAGUUCCUUGCUCGCAUGGUCCAUACUGUUGGACUUCUUUGCAAGGGAAACGAGGAGAUGGUUCCCUUCGCAUACCGUCUCUAUCAACGCUACUUGGCUGGUGAAGUCGAAGACUUCAUUGUGUCCCACCCCAAGAAAUCCAAGAAGGACAAGAAGAACAAGAAGAACAAGAAAGCUCCCGCCAAUGGGGACGUACCGACACCACCACCUGAGCUAGAAGACGAAGAGCCAUUGCAUGAGGGCCACCGCGAGGAUGAGGACCCUGCAACCCACGGGGCCAAGUACGCAGUCGCCAGAGAUGAGAUUGCUGCCUUUAGCGACACGUUCUGUCGCAAGGAGAAGGCGAUGCACUGCGGAAAGAUGGAGGAGUCCAACAUCAAGGUCUUCUUCCUCGGCAUCUGGGACUGCGUCAAUUCCGUCGCUGUCUUGGAGCGGACUGCACCGGUACCCGUGCCCGUCGUUGGCACCGCUCACCAUGUGCGCCACGCUGUCGCAGUGGAUGAGCGACGCGUCAAGUUCAAGGCAGCUCUGCUAGCCCAAGACAUGAAGGAGUCUGACCACACCCAUGAAGACAUCAAGGAGGUCUGGUUUCCUGGCUGCCACGGUGACGUUGGCGGUGGAUGGCCUGCUUCUGCCGAAAGUAAGCUCGACAAUGGCAUCGAGAUGACCUUUUGGGAGCGCGUCAAGAACUUCUGGACGACGCGGAAGGAAAAGGCAGCUAGCAAGGCUCUGGGCUGCGACCGGCUUCAACUGAGCGACGUCCCACUUGCUUGGAUGAUCCGCGAGGUGAAGCUUGUUGGUCAAAAAGAGGAAGUUGCGGCACUGAAAUGGCGCGAGAACCUCGAGGUCUUUGAGAAGCGAUUCGCGAAGAAGAAAGAUAAGGCCACGAUGGGUGUCAUCCACGAUUCACUCGCGUAUGGCCGUGGUACAAGCUUCUUCCGCGUUCUUCUGUGGAAGCUCAUGGAAUGGCUGCCUUUCAUCACUCGGUGGGAGCUUGAGGAUAGUGGCUGGGAGAAUGUUCGUUUCCCGCUCAACAAAGGCAGCACGCGAGACAUUCCCAAAGAUGCUGUUCUCCACGAGUCUGUUCUCUGGCGAUUGAAGAACGACGCAAAAUAUUGCCCCCAGAAUAACCACGGUGGUCGGCUACUCCCAUGCUUGAAACACAAGCACAACAUUGCGGAAUGUCAUCCUAUUGAAGAGCACAUACAUGACGAGAAUUGCGACCAUCAGAUCUACAAGAUUACAAGGUCUGCUUCUGAUCUUGCUACUAGGACUUAGGGAAGGCUUGGUGGAUGCUACGAUACUUAUGAGGUCGCGCAAGUUGCAAUUGUUCAGACGGGUCUAAGAAGUGAAACUGGGGCGACGGAUACUCUGGAGGAAGACUGUCUAAAUUUGUUAUGAGUGUAAAGAACAUUGCCAAUCUUUACGAUCAUCCGCUAUCACAUCGUCCUCAAGCCAGUCAUGGCUCAAAGAGCAACCCGCAUUUACGGGCUAGCCCAAAUUCUCAAUCGUCCCAAGAGCAUGCAUGUCUAAUCUGCCGGACCUCAAGUCACUAGCUUAGUGUAUCAAAGCCUCAGUCC